CUGAUCGCCUACUGUUUGACAAAUUAGAAUGGAGAUUGCUAAAGAUCUGAGGGGUCGAUCUUGAGCCUGAAAAUGACUUCAUCCAGAGUUUAGAGACAGACAGAUCUAAUCGAUUCAUCAUGCGUACAGAGGUUAUCAAGGCAGACACCAUUGAUGAGGCCGUCAAUAGGCUUCUCGUUGAACUUAGGAAAGACACUACAAGCAGCAGAGAGAAUUCCAUCUACUUUGAUGGAUGGGAUGGUCUUGGGGCAUCUGCUGUCCUGCAAGCCAUAGCCAAACACCUUGGAGUAUCAAAUGAGACGUCAGCGAGGCCUGCAGGGCUGCAGUUUGAGAAAAUCAUCCACAUUGACUGCUCAAAGUGGGAGAGCAGAAGAGCAAUGCAGAGGGAAAUAGCAGAGCAGCUGAACCUCCCCAAUUGGGUGAUGGAUAUGUUUGACAAACAAGACGAGGAUGAUGAUUUCAAUGGGUUGGACCAGGGCUCCCGAACUGAGAUAGCACAAGUUGUCAGAGAGAUCUAUCAAAACACACAGAAUCAAAGAUUCUUAGUGAUUCUGCAUAAUGGAGGCAAUGAGGAGAUCGAUAUAUUCAAUUUUGGCCUUUCUCUAUAUGGAUAUGCUAAUAGCAAGAUGCUGUGGACUUUCCGAGGGAGGUUUCGGCUUGACCCCAAGAUAACAGACAAUGUGAAGAGCACAACAACACAUGUUCUUCUUUCAGCUUCAAGAUCUGGGCGAGAUCCACAAGAGCUUUGGUCUUAUCUAGUUCGCCAUGAGGCUGCACAACUUUUUUGCUAUAAGCAUAACCAUAUCUUCAUUGAUUCAGCGGUUGCUGCUGAGUGUGUCUUGUACAUGCUGAAACAGUAUUGCAUCGGCUCUCACAUCAUUGACUACGACUGGGCUAUACACACCAGUAACUAUUGGGUAUGCGAUGGGAUCAUCCCAUUUGCAGACAUUGACAAAGCAUGGAAAGUUGGUGAUGUUGUACAACACGAGGUGCGGUUGUUGAACAUUGACAAUGGACUUUGUAGUGAUGAAUCAACAAUAGUGCUAUCCUCUCACCUGACAAAGUUAGCCGAGCGCAUGCCAUACUGCAUUUCAACAGCAACUUGUGGAUUUGUACAGAGCCGCUUCAGUGUUAUUCUUGGAAACAUGUCUCAACACUCGCACGGUCUCCGCGUGCUCAAGCUCUCAUGGUGCACCUUCAGUUUCUCAUCACCUCCAUUCCUCUGUUGCCAUAGCUUGAGGUUCCUAUGGCUUGAGCACUGCCAAGAUGAUUUAACAAUGAUUGCGGCAAAUCAUCACCAUACAGAUGCGGACAAAAAGAAGGAUGACUUGGACAACAACAACACCGCUAGAUCGUGCUCAUGCUUUCAAAACUUGUGGGUGCUUGACGUGCGGUACACAGAUUGUGAUCAGAUCUUGUCAGCAAGGGUGAUGGAUCUCAUGACCCAGCUCAGGGAGCUAAACGUGAUGGGUGCUGAAAACUGGGACAUGAGCCAUUUGCAAGGACGGCUGCGUAACAUUCGCAAGCUCCGGGUAACAAACUCCACCUGCUUCUUCAACAACAACGUGUUCUCGGAGAUGGAAAGCAUGGAGCUUCUUGAUUUUUCGGGAAAUCACAUCACACAAGGCAUGACCAGCUUAUCUGGGCCAGCAAGCCUCAAGACCGCCACUAUUGAUGGAUGUGAUGGGUUAAAAAAUAUAUCUUUUAGGGGCUGCAAAGAAUUGGCAAAUGUGAUCUUGAAAGGAUUAUCGAGGGGUCUCGAGGAGCUGGAUCUUUCAGGCACAAGGGUGAAAAUCCUCAACCUCGGAGGAGCGAAAUACGUCCCCAAGCGAAUCAUCUUGCUAGACUCUGAGAAGCUCCGUGCAAUAUUGUGGCCACGGAGUGCGACAGAAAGUGGGCCAGAAAACUGUCCGAAAGUGGUGCACAUUGACACGGCCUCGCCAUCAACAUCAGCUUAUGGAGGGGAGGCACCACUUGCACAUCCACAUGCUGACCUAUCCCUCCACCAGCAAAAAGAAGAAAUAUUUAAGGGUGGAUGGCAGAUUUCUUUCACGGACACAAGGUUCCUUAGGUUGGUUUCUCCUGUAAAAGAAAGUUUUUUAUGGGUGUCAUCCUUACAUAUUGAUAUAUGUACUGCAGCUACCGUUGGUGGUAGCGACAUCCAAGAAACAAGUGACAAACUAGUGCAAGUCCAACAGCAUGCAAGUACCUUGAUGGACUCCAAUUACAGAGAUGCGUUGAAGGAUGGCCCAGUUGCAGCGAUGAUGAUGUGGGACUGCCCCAAGAUUUACACUCGAUCAGUUGAAUACACGUGUAUCAUAAAGAUGAUCAUGCACGGGCAUGGCAACAAAACUUUGGAUGAUGAUCAAGCUGCUAGUACUACCGCGAUAUUAUUUCCUGAUUUUAUAGGUUGGCGAGCUACAUCGAUGCACGUGUAUGACAAUGCGUACAUCACCAAUAUCCUUGAGCCUUCCCAAGGAUGGAGGAGUUUAACAUGGUGCCGGGUGGAGAGGUGCCCCAAGUUACACACGGUAUUUACUGUUCCCCAGGGCAGUGUAUACAACAACCUUGCUUACAUUGAGACAUUCUGGGCAUCCCAGCUUCUCUCUGUACGCUACAUCUGGGACACGACAGUUGAAGGUUUAUUUUUCGAGCUGAAAUUUUUGCACCUGGACCACUGCCCUAGGCUCAUACAUGUGCUCCCCUUGCACCAAAACUAUUGGUGGCAUCCGACGCGUUUGGAAACCCUUGAGAUGGUGUACUGUGGUGAUCUCAGGGAGGUGUUCCCUUUGAGCCCUGAGCUUCAGGAACAGGAUAAGAUCAUAGAAUUUCCCGAGCUGAGGCGCAUCCACCUGCAUGAGCUCCCCAUGAUGCCGCGCAUCUGCGGGCGCAGGAUCUCCGCGCCAAAACUCAAGACCAUCAAGGUCAAGGGUUGCUGGAGCCUCAAGCGUCUGCCGGCCGUCGGACGCGACACCAAGCCACCCAAGGUGGAUUGUGAGAAAGAAUGGUGGGACAAGCUGGAGUGGGACGGGCUGGAGAAAUACCACCACCCGUCCCUCUACGAGCCCAGCCACUCGCUGUACUACAAGGCCCAGCUGCCCAGGGGCACGGUUCUCAGGUGA